UCUUCCCUUUGCAAUUGCACCAUCAACCAUCACCACAGACAAGUCAUCCUUUACCCACCAGCUACCCACAGCUGCCCAUUCCACAUCUGUACAAACCUCGUUAGGCUCACAGCACUUCUACAUCAGGUCACACCACAUUCCACAAAAGGUCCUUUGCCACAUUACCCCUACUCUACCCACAGUCUACCUUACUACCACUCCCUUCAAGCCCCCUAGUCACAAUGGCCGUAGCAUCAGACGCAGUCACAGCCAAUGCCGGAGGAGCGAACGAUGCCCUCGCAGGGGUUAGCGUAUCCGAGACUACCACCGUGGGAGUAGAGGGAGCAGCUGCCACUCAGGAAAAGAAGGAGAAGAAGCCACCCGCCGAUGCAAAGAAGCAAGUAUUUGCAGGCAACCUCGCUUUCAGCACGACAGAAGAUGACCUGCGAGCCCUCUUCUCUCAAGCUGGGCCAGUAGCCGACAUCCAGAUCAUCACCCGUGGAAGCCGAUCUCUCGGCUACUGCUUCAUCACCUACGAGUCCGAGGACUCGGCUCAAAAGGCCGUCUCUACCCUCAACAAGCAAGUCGUCGCCGGUCGAGAGAUCAACCUGGAAGGCGCCAAGCCCCAAGAGGAGCUGGCUGCGCUCAAGGAAGCAAAGGCAGCUCAGAGGCGGGAGAAGAAUGCAAAGAAGAAGGAAGCAAAGGAGGCCGCUGCUGCCGCUGCUGCGCCUGCCGAGGCUACCGAAACAGUCGAGGGCAGCGCUGUGAAGAAGGAAAAGAAGAAGAGGGCCAAGAAGCCCAAGACGGCUGCAGGCAGGAGACCGCGGGCUGAUGAUGGUGAAGAGGCAGACAAGGAGCCGGCAGCUGUAGAUGGAGCCGAGGCGGCCGUGGCAACUAAUGGAGCAGAGGGCACAAGCUCGACUGCUGCUCCCAAGAAGAGGAACAGGAAGACCAAAGCUCAAAAGGCUGCUGCCGCCGCCGCUGCCAAUGGCGAGGCCGCUCCAGUGGAAGGAGGUGAAGGAACCGCUGCUGCGACUGCUACCCCUGCUGCAGAGAAGAAACCUCGUGAGCGCAAGCCACGGGCCCCCAAGGGCCCACCCACAGGCGAGGCCUCCUCCACUCUCCUCUUUGCAGCCAACCUCUCCUUUGAGACUGAAGACGAACAACUCAAGGAGGCCUUCACCUCGGAAGGACUUCAAGUUGUUAGCGCUACCGUCGUCAAGAGGAAGUUUGGACUGAAGAAGAGUAAAGGAUUUGGAUUUGUGGAAUUUGCUGAUAAGGAGGAGCAGACAAAGGCGCUGGAGAAAGUCAAUGGAAAGGUCGUUGGCGGACGAGAGAUCAGUCUCAAGGUCGCCAUCCAGGGCAGUAAAGAGCAGGCAGAUGCGGAAUCCAAGCAGGAGGCAGACGCAGCCACCACCACUCAGGCUCCUUCCGCUGCUGCUUGAGAGGAGUCGGACUGCCGAGUUCGAGCUGCCUCUUUAGAGCAGUAGGUUGACAGGCUCGGGCUUGGGAUUGAAGGGAAGAGAAAGGGCGAAGCGGUAUG